AUGAUUGCAGGUCCUACAGGUAUGGAUCUCUGGCAGCUGCUGUUGACCUUGGCAGUGGCAAGCUCAAGUAGUGCUUUUUCUGGGAGUGAAGCCACACCAGCUAUCUCUGGCAGGGUGUCCCAGAGUCUCCAAAGAGUUAAUCCAGGCCUGGAGACAAAUUCUCCUGGGAAGCCUAAGUUCACCAAGUGCCGUUCACCUGAACUAGAGACUUUUUCAUGCCACUGGACAGAUGGCAUUCAUCACGGUUUAAAGAGCCCAGGAUCCAUACAGCUGUUCUAUAUUAGAAGGAGCACUCAAGAGUGGACUCAAGAAUGGAAAGAAUGCCCUGAUUAUGUCUCUGCUGGAGCAAACAGCUGUUACUUUAAUUCAUCUUAUACCUCCAUUUGGAUACCCUACUGUAUCAAGCUAACCAGCAAUGGUGGUACAGUGGAUCAAAAGUGUUUCUCUGUUGAGGAAAUAGUGCAACCAGAUCCACCCAUUGGCCUCAACUGGACUUUACUGAACAUCAGUUUAACGGGGAUUCAUGCAGACAUCCAGGUGAGAUGGGAACCACCGCCCAAUGCGGAUGUUCAGAAGGGAUGGAUAGUCCUGGAGUAUGAACUGCAAUACAAAGAAGUAAAUGAGUCCCAGUGGAAAAUGAUGGAUCCUGUAUUGUCAACAUCCGUCCCAGUUUACUCAUUGAGACUGGAUAAAGAAUAUGAAGUGCGUGUGAGAUCCAGACAACGGAACUCUGAAAAAUAUGGCGAGUUCAGUGAGGUGCUCUAUGUAACACUUCCUCAGAUGAGCCCAUUUGCAUGUGAAGAAGAUUUCCAGUUUCCAUGGUUCUUAAUUAUUAUCUUUGGAAUAUUUGGGCUAACAAUGAUAUUAUUUUUAUUCAUAUUUUCCAAACAGCAAAGGAUUAAGAUGCUGAUUCUUCCCCCAGUUCCAGUUCCAAAGAUUAAAGGAAUUGAUCCAGAUCUCCUCAAGGAAGGAAAAUUAGAAGAGGUGAACACAAUCUUAGCCAUUCAUGACAACUAUAAACCUGAAUUCCACAACGAUGACUCUUGGGUUGAAUUCAUUGAGCUGGAUAUUGAUGACCCUGAUGAAAAGACUGAAGGCUCAGACACAGACAGACUUCUAAGCAAUGACCACGAGAAAUCACUUAACAUCCUUGGGGCAAAGGAUGAUGACUCGGGACGUACCAGCUGUUAUGAACCUGACAUCUUGGAGACUGAUUUCAGUGCCAGUGACACAUGUGAUGGUACAUCAGAGGUUGCCCAGCCACAGAAGUUAAAAGGGGAAGUAGAUCUCUUGUGCCUUGACCAGAAGAAUCAAAAUAACUCCCCUUCUGAUGCUACCCCUACCACUCAGCAGCCCAGUGUUAUCCUAGCAAAGGAAAACAAACCAAGACCUCUUCUUAUUAGUGGAACUGAAUCAACUCAUCAAGCUGCCCACACUCAGCUAAGCAAUCCUACUUCACUGGCAAACAUCGAUUUUUAUGCCCAGGUAAGCGACAUUACUCCAGCAGGGAGUGUGGUCCUUUCCCCAGGCCAGAAGAAUAAGGCAGGGAUAGCCCCGUGUGACAUGCACCCAGAAGUGGUCUCACUCUGCCAAGCCAACUUCAUCAUGGACAACGCCUACUUCUGUGAGACAGAUGCCAAAAAGUGCAUCGCUGUGGCCCCUCACGUCGAGGCUGAAUCACGUGUAGAGCCAAGCUUUAACCAGGAAGACAUUUACAUCACCACAGAAAGCCUUACCACUACCGCCGGCCAGCCUGGGACAGCAGAGCGGGCUCCGAGUUCUGAGAUGCCUGUCCCAGACUAUACCUCCAUUCACAUAGUACAGUCCCCACAGCGCCUCGUGCUCAAUGCGACUGCCUUGCCCUUGCCCGACAAAGAGUUUCUCUCCUCGUGUGGCUACGUGAGCACAGACCAACUGAACAAAAUCAUGCCGUAGCCUUUCUUCGAUUUCCCACAAGCUACAAACUGAAUGGUGAAGAGCUGGUUAGGGCAUGAGUGCUUAAACCAAAACAAUGUUUAAACCUUUUUUGGGGGGGAGGGGGGAGGGGAGAGCAGAUUCUAAAUGCCUUUUUCCUGAAAUGUUGACACAUAAUAUUACAAACGAAACAAGAACGCCUAAUCAGAUAGAUAUUCCUAUUGUGAAUUGUAAAUAUUUUAAAGAAUUGUCUCAAAGACUGUUUAGUGGCAGUGAUUGUCUUGUUAAUGUGGGUGUUAAUUUUGUGAUACUAAGCAUUGAAUGGCUGUUUCUAAUGUACAGUAAAUUGUGCUUUUUGAAAAAGCGAAAAAUCAGGUGGCUUUUGCAGUUCAGGAAAAUCGAAUGCAAAUCAGAGCACAGGCUAAUUUUUUUUUUUUUUUUUUUUUUUUAGAUAAUUGGGAAUUGAAAGUAGAGGUAAGAAGGCAAAAAAUAGUUUGGAUAUGUAAAACAUUUAUUUUGACAUAAAAUUUAUAAAGAUAUUUUUAAGAAUUUACACUACAAGCAUGGCUAUUUUAUAUUACACUACACACUGUGUACUGGAGUCCAUGCAGACCCAUCUGGAGAAUGUAGCAACUGCACUCUGAAGCUGGUUUAAUGCUUUGGUCGGUACACCUAAAGUAAAACAAAUAAGCAAGUUAGUUUUUUACGAGGCCCUUUUUAUACCUCCCACAACUCCUUAAGCAAUUCUAACAUGAUUGUUGUUACCUGCAUUAUUGGAACAUGCUUGUCUUAUUUAAAUUUUUAAAGAUAUAUUUGUUAAUUGAGAAAACUUAAAGAUGUAUGCACAGGUCUACUUAAUGUGAACCAAACUAAACAAACAAAAAACUAUUUCUUACCCAAAUUUUGGUUCAGGUCAGAGAGCUCCCUUACUAAGAGAAGGAGAGGGUAUAGCUGAUCCAUACUGACCGGCUCCUUAGGGUUAUUGUUGCACACGUAGUGAGCGUUGAAGCAGGCAGAUGGUGAGAGAUGGCCCUAGAGUGUUGAUGGUAGUAUCUCUUCUAAUACAAUGUGAUUCUAUUACAUAGUUACCUAAGGAGGGAAUAAAGUCCAAGAAGCAUUUUGUAAAUUGAAGCAAAUUGAAAAUGAAGUUAACUGGAUAAUGGAAUAAAAAGAUCAAGAAAUAUACCCACUAUCCAGUGUAACAAGAAAAGAAGAAAGAGAUUUCCAAUCCCCUCAGAUAAGUCAAAAUGUUCUUAAACCAGCUGUGGAAACUUUCUUCCUCACCCAACCCUUGCUGGGGUUUAUUUAAAGGAGCAAACAAAGAAGUUUCUUCAUUUUUUUAUUUCCCUGAGUGGAUUGGCCUCCACGCGGGUAGUCAGAAGAGAAAGAAGGGUCCCGAAGUAAUGUUGUUAUUGUUCAACAUCAUUCUGAGGAGCAUUGGGAUUGUUCCCCAAAAGGUUUGUCAAAAGAGAAGAAUCUCAUCUCACUGAAAAAUGCUUCUCACUUUAAGUAUUUUUUUUACAUUUAAUGAAACUUUAAAGUUAGCUUUAACUUAAAUAGUAUUUGCCAUUUAGCUCAGACCUUUUUAGGAAACAGGCUUAAUGGUUGGUAAUUUUAAAUUCCCUCUUUCUUGCAGGAAGGACAGUGAAAAGUAGAACUGGGUGUUCCAAGUUCAACAUGUUACUUUGUAAUAGGUGUUUAAUAAUAGAUCUUUUCGGCUACCUUGCUGCUAUGGUUUUCUCUAAGAGCUACAUAAUUUAGUUUCAUAUACAAUUUCAUCAAUGUAGAACCUAAUUCAACUUAAAACUGUGUGCUUGGGAAAACUAUCUUACCAUUUCACAAUAGGCUCACAACAAUUUCUAUAGCCAAAAAUAGCUAAAUACCUCAAUCGGUCUCAGAAUGUCAUUCUGGUACUUUGCUGGCCACACAAGCCAUUAUUCACUAGUAUGACUAGUUGUGUCCUGCAGUUUAUAUUUAACUUUCCUCAUGUCUGUGGAUUUUUUCCCUUCAAAGUUUAAUAAAUUUAUUUUCUUGGA